AUGCAAGCUCAAACGACGCGCGGCUGCGACCCGACUCGCGUCUGCCGGUGGGCCGUAACCAGCAAGGAAGGAGGUCUGGGUGGCCUGGGUGGCCUGAGUGACGUGAAUGGCAUCAUCCGGAGCGCCAUUGUUGAUUUUCCGCCUGCUCUGCAUGGGUCAGGAUUUAGCGGACUUGUGGCCCAGGUUGCUUAUGGGCUAGAAUUCUUUGGCGAGGCGCUAGCCUGCCAAGGCUGGGGCAGAAGGAGGGAGGCCAAGACUGCCCAGCUCAUCGCCCCAGUUCUUGCUGUGCCCGCUGUGAGCAACCCCAGUCUCCAAAGGAAAGACACAGAGAGGCCAAUCCAGGGCAGCGCAGGAACGAGGCUCGAUCAGACAACCAGCGCGGACCUCGUGACAGCUGUCAUCAAUGUCAGCAAUUUGAAUGACUGGGACACCAAUAAUACCACACUCCGGGCGCCCAAGACGAUCACCCCUGUCGCCGAGACCAAGGACCUUCUCGAUCCAGGAAAGCCUCGGAUUUCUCGCAUGGCCUUCCCAAAGACCGAUGGGCCAAAUUGCAGCCAAGACCCCCAGUUUGCACAUAAACUUCUGCCAGCAGAGCAUGUGACGGCGCUGCCCCUUCAGUGCCACGGCGCCAAGCUGGAGCAGGACGAGACGACUCACCGAUAG